AUGGAUUGGGCGCGGUGUUUCAGCCCCGGCAGAGAAGAAGACCUCUUCCCUCCAUUGCCAACCACAUCGCUCAAGAAAUUCACCUACAAGAAACUGAGAAAAGCCACCGGAAAAUUCAACGCCGGCAACAGAAUCGGCGAGGACACCUACAAGGGAACCCUCCGCCGCGGCCUCCACAUUAACCCCCCCGUCGCUGACCGCGACGCGCCGAAGACGAUGGAGGUAAUCGUCAGAAACCUCAGCCGCGGCCUCCAGCCGGGAGAUCUCCCCAAAUGCCUCAACGAAAUCAAGAAACUCGAGAAGAUUUCGCACCCGAACCUCGUCCACCUCGUCGGAUACUGCGCCGAGCCGGACCGGCGCCGCGAAAAUCGGGCCUAUUGUUUCCUCGUAUUCGACCUCGUCAAGAACGGCAGCGCGCACGACCGCCUCCUCGACUACGAGAAGCCCCACAAACCCCUCGCCUGGGAGAGGCGGAUCCGAAUCGCCAUCCAAACCGGGCUCGCAUUGGAACACCUCCACGAACACGGCGUAAUGUACCGAACCUUCGGCUCGCGGUGCGUACUUUUAGACGAGGAACUAAACGUCAAGCUAUCGUACGCCGUUUUCCCCAAAUUAAACGUGUACAAAACCAUAGCCGACCUUCACAAAGAGGCCGACCCCACAUUAACCCCGGAAUCCAUCACAAUGUUCCUAUCCAGAGCCCCGGAGCUCUUCACCUCGUACUCGACCACGAAGGAGAACGAUGUUUGGGGGUUCGGAAUAUUCCUGUGCGAGCUGCUCAUGGGGAAACCCCUGUCCUCCGCUCCGGACCAGGAAACGCCGGUGCUGGAUGUGCUGAUGAAGUGCUUUUCCGAUCGGAGCAUUAUGGAGACGAGCAUGGAUCCGAGGCUGAUCAGGGGGGAACAGAGGUUUUAUGAUCCGGCCACGGUGCUGAAGAUGGUGACGAUCGCCGGAAUGUGCCUGCAGAAACGGCCUGAAGCACGGCCUUCAAUGAAGCAGAUCAAUAAGUUGUUGGACAAGAUUUCUGAGUCCAAGGUCGAGUAUGUCGAUGAAGAAUUAGAGUCUUUCGACCACUAA